GGACUGCUUCCAAAAUAUUCGUAGCAUUGGCAAGCAGGAAUGCAGCAUUCGGAUUUAGCAGAUUGCUGUCCUCCUUCUGAAAGAAUUUGCUAGCUAAGUACACAAGCAAGCUUCCAAGGAAUCUCUCUGGCAGGAAUUUCGCUAAAAGCAGCAUACGUCUCCAUCAUUUUAGAGAGGCGCUCAAUCUGAGGCUUAUCUUCCUUGAUCUGUUCCAUGGGUACUAGCAGACUUCAUGCAAGCAUAAACCUUGGCAAGCUGUUUUGAGCUCGUCUGCAUUGUUCCUGGAACCCAGAUAAUUGGGAGUGGCAGGCCGCAGGCUGAUCUACAGGCGACUCUGCGUCUUCACCUUCCCAAGGACAAGCUCGACUAGGUUCUAGAAUGGCGCCAGUUUUGCCUCCAGCAGCUGUCUUGGCAGACUACGCGAUGAGUUUUGCAAAAGGAAAAGUGCUGUACGCUGCAUUGGACAAUGGCCUGCCAGACAUCUUUGCUAAACAAGGUGAACCAAUGCAUCCAGAUGACGUUGCUCAGCUCGCUGGAACAGACCCGGACGCAACCGCACGCGUCAUCCGGGCGCUGUCUGGACUCGGCGUGCUUGACGAGACUGCAGAAGGGACUUACAGCUUGUCCCCAGUUGGUCAAGUCCUGGUGUCAGACAAGGAGACAGGCGAUCUGAGCCCCUUGGCCGGUCUGAUCAUUCACUUGAAUGAGCCCAUGACUUCGAACACCUGGAAUGAGUUGUCGCGCACGAUCAAGGAGGGGGGCAAUGGUUGGGAGAAGACUACGGAGAGCAAGACGCAUAGUAGCCUCUGGGACUACUAUCAGGCACAUGCGGACACGUCUGGAAAGGCCUUCGACGCUGCGAUGAGGGGCGUUUCCUCGAAUCAGCUCCCCCAGCUCCUGCAGGCUUACGACGGGUUCAAGGACAUGGAUAUGCUGAUGGACGUUGGCGGAGGACUCGGUUCUGUCAUGGCAGCAAUCACCGCAAAGUACCCCGACGUCAAGGGCCUCAACUUUGACCAACCACGUGUCAUCGAGACUGCGCCAUCUUUUCCAGGGGUGGAGCACGUGUCUGGAGACAUGUUCAAGGCUGAAAGUCUGCCCAAGGCUUCCAACAUCAUGAUGAAGAUUCUGCACGACUGGGGCGAUGCGGCGUGCAAGACGAUCCUGGCCAAUUGUCGCGGCGCCCUGCCCGCCGAAGGAAAGCUGCUGAUUGUGGAGUUCGUCAUCCCCAACCCUGGCACCGCACCCCCCGAGGCCCGCCAGUUCCUCACUCUCCUUGACAUCAACAUGAUGAUGAUAUGCCCGGGUGGACGGGAACGUUCAGAGCAGGAGUGGAAGACUUUGCUAGAGUCCGAGGGUUUCCAGAUCAGCCGCAUCGUUCCGCUGGGGCCUGCAAGCGUCCGUUGUGGAGGCCGUCAAGAUGUAGGGUGCCCAGCGGUAGCCGCAGAUCGUGUUGGGAGAUGCCCCCUGCACAUGUUGGGUUGUGACAUUGGUGAGAUGGUGGUUUGUUAUAGACACUGAGUGAAACGAUUUAGCCUUGUCAAACGACUCAGCCUAAAGGCGUUAGGCUGAUCGACUGUUCAGACCAAUGAGAAGUGAGAGGCUCUGAACCUUGUCGUCAAAGGUAUGGUAGUCAAAUCAACGUUGCUUAAUAUGGCAGCGCUUACAGUAUCUUCUCCUUGAAGUACAUUGACGCAGAUCCUUGCCAGCAAUCACAAGAAAAUUAGUUUACUAGCAUGAGGCUCC